AUGGGCCAAAUAACCCUCUACUACUCCCCAGGAGCCUGUUCCUUAGCGCCCCACAUCCUCCUCCAAGAAAGCGGGCUUGAAUUCUCCAUCCAUAAAGAGAAAACGGGCCAAUUCACACCAGCCCUCUACGCUUUGAACCCUAAAGGCAAAAUCCCCGUCCUUGCCCUCGACAACAACGAAAUCAUAACCGAGAACCCAGCGAUCAUGAACGCGAUCUCAACUCUCGUGCCUGAGAAAGGCCUAUUCGGAAAGACGCCUUGGGACACUGUCCGGGUGCAUGAAUGGUUGACGUGGCUCUCGGGUACCCUGCACGGGCAGGGCUUCGGGUUGUUGUUUCGAUUCCGCCGGUACACAGAUGAUGAGGGGCAGUUUGAGGGGCUGAAGAAGCGGGGGAUGGCCAUCGUGACGGAUUGUUUUCAGAUUAUUGAGCAGAAGUUGACUCAAGCCGGUCCUGGUGGUUUUGCUGUGGGGGGUGUAUUUACGGCGGUUGAUGCUUAUUUUCACACAUGGUCGCCGUUCAAUCCAAACUGUAGGCAUUACUAG